UCUUCGCCUGUAUAUAUUACAUCCAUCAUGGCGGUGGAACACAACGAGGCAGUAGUCCUCCGUGCUAUCAAAGACCUGGUGAUCGAACCGAUUCCAGUGCCUGACCUUAAAGAUAAUGAAGUUCUGCUACAAAUGGGUUCUGUUGGAAUCUGCGGAUCCGACAUAAUGUAUUGGCAGCGAGGCGGCAACAGCAGAUUCAGACUCGAGGCCCCGAUGAUUAUUGGUCACGAGGGCAGUGGAACUGUGGUCAAGGUCGGGUCAAAGGUCAAAACUUUGAAAAUAGGAGAUCGGGUGGCGAUAGAGCCGGGCACCCCGUGUCGACGGUGUCAUCAGUGCAAGCAAGGCGCCUACAACCUCUGCCCCGAUAUCACGUUCUGUGCCACGCCCCCUGAUCACGGAAACAUCUGCCGAUACUACAAACACGCUGAAGAUUUUUGUUUCAAACUACCUGAUCACGUGACACUAGAUGAAGGUGCUCUCAUGGAACCACUGUCUGUAGCGAUCUACGCAUGUCGCCGAGGGGAGGUAACUCUUGGGUCAAAGUUACUGAUCUGUGGAGCAGGACCUGUGGGAAUGCUGUACAUGAUGGCGGGGAAAGUGGCCGGGGCUUCACAGGUUUUAAUCACAGAUAUAGACGACAACAGACUGGAGAUGGCCAAAUCAUGCGGUGCAAAUCAUACAAUCAACGUGAAUGGGCGCGAUAAGCUUGAGGUUGCUAGUGAAAUCGAGGCUUUGAUGGGAGGUCAACCGGAAGUGACGAUUGAGUGUAGCAGUGUGGACUACAGCUAUGAUCUGGCAAUUAAUGCGACACGGCAAGGCGGGUGUCUGGUAGCUGUGGGACGACCGUCAGGGCGGACCCUGCUGCCACUGGACGUCGCGCUCAGGAAACAAGUGGACAUAAAGGGCAUCUUCAGAUACGUUAACUGUUACCCAGCCGCAUUGGAAAUGCUAUCUACAGGCAAGAUUAACGUCAAGUCCCUAAUCACGCAUCACUUCACCUUCAACGAGACUUUGCGUGCUUUCGAAACUGCCAUAUCACGUGACGCUAAAGCCGUCAAGGUCAUCAUCCAUUGCGAUCAGUAACGAGUAUUUGAGAGGAGAAAUACUAGCACUUCUUACAUCAUUGUUGGUAAAGUCACUAUAUCUGAUCGUCAGGGGAUACGGGUAUCUUUCUGUAAAUAAAUAUGAUUGUGCUAUAUUCAACAGAUGUACACUAUCACAUAUUAUAUCGACAAUCAAGAAUUAGGCACCACCCGAGAACCAAAUCCAAAAGAAAUUAACCUAUUUCGUCUAGUAGAUGCCUGUUUCAAAUUCAAUGUCAUAAUAUGUGCAAAAAUAGUAAAAGCACGCCUAUAUUAGACGCAGCGUUUCUAAUAGACCCAUGGGCGAGAAUUUGACCAGUAAUUAUUAGUAGCACAUUAACUAAGCAGUGAUUACACCCUUCCGAAUUCCGCAGGGAAGUGAGUUGCAAUCGUUUUAGCAUCAAACAGAAUUGAGCAAGACAUGUAUCAGAGCGGAUAAAUGUUUUGCGCGACAGUAUAAUAUAUCUAUUACAAUAUAUUAUACUUGUUCAGUCUAGUCCAACUGCGAGCUCAUACUGAGAGUAAGAUGGUAAGGGAACAAGACGAUCAAUGUUAAAACCCAGAGAAUACAGAAAACCAUUGUACUGAUACGCACAACCCAUUACUUUGUUAUUGGCAUUAAAAUGUAUGUGUAAUAGAAUGGGUUAUUUUUCUUGAACAUA